AUGGUUGAGGCCUUAGAGGUCUACAGAGAUGACUGGAACAAAGUAUCAGAGCAUGUGGGCUCCAGAACACAGGAUGAAUGUAUCCUCCACUUCCUUCGUCUGCCAAUCAAAGACCCUUACCUGGAGGACUCAUCGGCCUCUCUGGGCCCACUAGCGUAUCAGCCUGUGCCUUUCAGCCAAUCAGAGAACCCGGUUAUGAGCACUGUGGCCUUCCUGGCAUCUGUGGUAGAUCCACACGUGGCAUCGGCUGCUGCUAAGGCCGCACUGGAGGAAUUCUCCAAAGUGCAGGAAGAAUCGGUAGAUAAAGUCUCCGACUCAUCCAGCCAGUCAGAAAAAACAGAUGUGUUGGACACAGAAAAAUUAGACUUCAACCCCCAUCAGGUCCCAGUGAGGGUGGAUGGGGUUAAGAUGGAACCUGGCAUUUCAAAAGAAGAAGAUCGAGUCAAAAGAGAACAUGCAGACAAUAUACUUGCUGAGGAAAGAGAUGGAAGGGGAGAUGAUGAUGAGAGCAUAGGCCGAAGGGAGGGGGAUGGAGAUGACGGGGGGAGAGGGAUGGAGCAGGAACUGGUAGAAGGCGGCGUUGCCACGGCAGCAGCAGCUGCUCUGGCUUCAGCUGCUACAAAAGCCAAACACUUAGCAGCAGUGGCAGAGAGGAAGAUCAAGUCCCUGGUGGCUCUGCUGGUAGAGAUACAGAUGAAAAAGUUGGAAAUCAAGCUCCGACACUUUGAAGAGCUGGAGACCAUCAUGGAUCGAGAAAAGGAGGCUGGACUUUUGCAGAAUUUUUCAAAAGCAACACUCACAGCUGUAGCUGUUAGUAAUGAUAAACCAUGGCCGCUCGGCACCCUGGAGCUCCCAAUGGCAUGUAUCCAUCCUCACAGCCUGAUGGGAUAGUACCAGCUCAAACCGGUCCUGCAUCUUCCAGUCACAGCUGAACAGACCAGGAAACAAGAUAAAAAAAAAAAAGCAGCCUGCUUUCAGCCAGGACAAAAGCCCUGCUGAAUUUGUUCAGAAACAACUACUUAAAACUGAAGCCUGUCACGUUUUAGCAACCACGUUUUAGACUGAAAACUUCACAAACAUAUAAACACAGUUAAUGUUUAUUUGGUCAACAGCUCAGUUUGAAUUUUCUCUGUGAAUUAUUUGUGAUCUCAUGUCAAGAUUUGAAAAAUCUUAGCUUGACUCAUUAAAGUUUUUUAUACUAAA